GGGGAGGGGCGGAGCGUGGCAGCUGGCAGUAGUUCCGUCAGAGCGGACAUCUUGUGGCUGUGUCGUGCGCGUGAGCCCCGUAGGGCCGGGGAGGCACCAGCUGCCGCGCGGGGAGGAGGCCGAGGCCGCAGCUUGAGGGAGGCCCCGGCCCCUCUGCGCCUGUGUCUGGCAGAGCCGGUGUGAAACGAAGAGACAAUCCUUCCCAGCCGCCAGGAUAAUCAAGAGUUUUGGCCGGACCUUUGAGCACACACCGAGAUAGUGAGGAGCCAGACGAAAAGCACAGACUAUGGCGCUGAAACGGAUUAAUAAGGAACUUAGUGAUUUGGCCCGUGACCCUCCAGCACAAUGUUCUGCAGGUCCAGUUGGGGAUGAUAUGUUUCAUUGGCAAGCCACAAUUAUGGGACCUAAUGACAGCCCAUAUCAAGGCGGUGUAUUCUUUUUGACAAUUCAUUUUCCUACAGACUACCCCUUCAAACCACCUAAGGUUGCAUUUACAACAAGAAUUUAUCAUCCAAAUAUUAACAGUAAUGGCAGCAUUUGUCUUGAUAUUCUAAGAUCACAGUGGUCUCCUGCUUUAACUAUUUCUAAAGUUCUUUUAUCCAUUUGUUCACUGCUAUGUGAUCCAAACCCAGAUGACCCCCUAGUGCCAGAGAUUGCACGGAUCUAUAAAACAGACAGAGAUAAGUACAAUAGGUUAGCAAGAGAGUGGACAGAGAAAUACGCUAUGUUGUAGGGUACAACAGAAUAUCUCGGGAAUGGACUCAGAAGUAUGCCAUGUGAUGCUACCUUAAAGUCAGAAUAACCUGCAUUAUAGCUGGAAUAAACUUUAAAUUACUGUUCCUUUUUUGAUUUUCUUAUCCGGCUGCUCCCCUAUCAGACCUCAUCUUUUUUAAUUUUAUUUUUUGUUUACCUCCCUCCAUUCAUUCACAUGCUCAUCUGAGAAGACUUAAGUUCUUCCAGCUUUGGACAAUAACUGCUUUUAGAAACUGUAAAGUAGUUACAAGAGAACAGUUGCCCAAGAUUCAGAAUUUUUUAAAAAAAUGGAGCAUGUGUAUUAUGUGGCCAAUAUCUUCACUCUAACUUGGUUAUGAGACUAAAACCAUUCCUCACUGCUCUAACAUGCUGAAGAAUCAUCUGAGGGGGAGGGAGAUGGAUGCUCAGUUGUCACAUCAAAGGAAGCAGCAUUAUUCUAGCAGCAUCCAUUCUUGUUUAAGCCUUCCACUGUUAGAGAUUUGAGGUUACAUGAUAUACUUUAUGCUCAUAACUGAUGUGGCUGGAGAAUUGGUAUUGAAUUUAUAGCAUCAGCAGAACAGAAAAUGUGAUGUAUUUUAUGCAUGUCAAUAAAGGAAUGACCUGUUCUUGUUCUACAGAGAAUGGAAAUUGGAAGUCAAACACCCUUUGUAUUCCAAAAUAGGGUCUCAAACAUUUUGUAAUUUUCAUUUAAAUUGUUAGGAGGCUUGGAGCUAUUAGUUAAUCUAUCUUCCAAUACACUGUUUAAUAUAGCACUGAAUAAAUGAUGCAAGUUGUCAAUGGAUGAGUGAUCAACUAAUAGCUCUGCUAGGAAUUGAUUUAUUUUUCUUCAAUAAAGUUGCAUAAACCAA